GCGGGCGAGCAGCGGGCGUCCGAGCUGCCAGCGAGCCGGAGGAGGAGCCGCAGCGGCGCCAGGGGCAGCCGGGGAGCAGAGAAGGGCGCCCCAGGUGGUUGCCCCCUCCCUCUCCUGAGAUGUCAGGGAGGAGACUACCUGUAUCCUACACAGGGGCCCCACACAGCCUGGGGGCCCCCAGUCCCAGAGUGAGGAGGUGGAGGCGCUGUUGACAGGUGUGCAAGCCAUGCUCCCUCGCCACUCCUGUUCUCUCCUCUUCCUCUUCCUCCUCCCCAGCGUCCCCAUGGAGCCCCACCCCCCAUCCUCCACCCUGCCCCCAUUUCUGGCCCCUGAGUGGGACCUCUUGUCUCCCCGAGUGGCCCUGUCGAGGGGCGCCCCUGCCGGGCCCCCUCUCCUCUUCCUGCUGGAGGCCGGGGCCUAUGGAGAGCCGGCAGGGGCCCCAGCCAACCGCAGCCGGCGCGGGGUGAGUGAGACGGCACCCGCAAGCCGCCGGGGUGAGCUGGCCGUGUGCGACGCAGUGAGUGGCUGGGUGACCGACCGGCGGACAGCUGUGGACUUGCGUGGGCGUGAGGUGGAGGUGCUGGGCGAGGUGCCUGCGGCAGGUGGCAGUCCCCUGCGUCAGUACUUCUUCGAGACGCGCUGCAAGGCCGAAAGCGCUGGGGAAGGUGGCCCAGGUGUGGGCGGAGGGGGUUGUCGCGGCGUGGAUCGGAGGCACUGGCUCUCAGAAUGCAAGGCUAAGCAGUCCUAUGUGCGGGCGUUGACUGCAGACUCCCAGGGCCGCGUGGGCUGGCGCUGGAUUCGGAUCGACACAGCUUGCGUCUGCACGCUCCUCAGCCGAACAGGCCGGGCCUGAGGUCCAGGCUUGGGAACUGCCCAAGUUGAGGGGAGAAAAAAAAAAAAAGCUGGAUGCCGAAAGGACCACAGGGGUGGCCUGGCUGCUCUACCGUGCCUUCUGACUGGGAACUGGAAUAACCAAAGAAUCAAAUCUCUCUCAAAUUUCAGUCCGUGUGGAAUGUAUGGUGAAACCAAAUGAGGUUUCAAGUGAUGAAUAGGAGCUCUCCCGGAGGAACUCGACAUUAAGAACAAUAGCCGAUAUUUACUAUCUACUGUUUAUCAGACCUAAUAUAUGACUUUGGCAACCGUUUUAACAUCAGAGGACCCUGGCUCACCCUGGCAAAAGGGACAGGAAAGAACGCAUGAAAAAGGGAUGCAUGCGCUGGGGCUAAGCCUCCAUCGGUAGGCUGUUUUCUGACUGCCUGGCACGCACACAGUCCUGGGCUCCAUCCUGAGCAUCGUAAACCAUGCGUGGUGGUGCUCAUCUUUGGGUGCAGGCAGGUAGAUCACAGCCAUCCUUAGCUACAUAGGGAGGUUGAAGCCAGCCCUGUCUGUAUGAGAAUCUAUCUUAAUAAAAUAAAAGGCCUGGGACUGGGUGUUGUGGUAUGUACCUGUAAUCCUAAUACUUAAGAGGCUGCAGACAGAAGAUUGCCUGGAGGUUCAGGGCAGCCUGGGCUACAUACUUAAACUGCUGUUGGGGGCAAGAGCAAAUGGGUCAGAUCGGAAAACAAUGGAAGCAGCUGGCCCCAGAACCUUAAGGAUGGGACCUGGGAAAGGCAGUCAGUUCUCAGGAGCCUAUGUUCACCAGUCAAGUCUGACCCAGUCAAGGCACACAAGCGUUGCCUAGGAAUGCAGCAUCCUGCUUUGGUAGUGAACCCCACCACCCAGGGAGUGCAAGCAAGCAUGGAUACCUCACAUCCAGAAUGGCCCUAGUCUUUUUUUGUUCAGUUCUGAUUUGGAGACAGAGCAUCCUCAUGCAGCUUAUUGGAGGAUGGACUUUGAACUUUCUCCUUUUUUUCCAAGGCAGGGUUUCUCCGUGUAGCCUUGGCUGUCCUGGAACUCACUCUGUAGACCAGGCUGGCCUCCACUCCCUAAUGCUGGCAUUAAAGGCAUACAUCACCA